ACACAAGUAUAAAUUCGACAUCAACGCGUCUCUUUUUUUUUCUUGUUCUUCUUAACCAUGACUGACUGGGAACUUGUCAAACGACCUAAACUUGAGAAUGGAUCCAACGCAUCCACUUAUUUUCAACAACUCCCUUUCAGUCAAUAUCUCACGAACGCCAUCCAUAAUCAAAAGCAUCCUAUUCUUUCUGAUAAAAAGCUGAUUGUUUACGAUCUCAAAAUCGAUAAACCCGAAUUAGAUGAAGCUUAUAAACAUGCAUCUUGGCUUCGGUUGGAGCGUGCCAUUCAUGCCAUUCAACACAAUCAACCUUGUGCUGAAAGUCUUGAGGUGCUUUACCAAUUAUGUGAAGACUUGUGUCAAUAUGAUUUUGCUCGAGAUUUAUAUCAACAUGUCCAUGAUGCCUGUAGUCAACAUAUCGAUCUUCAGUUUCAGACAUUAGCCAAUCAUUCAACAGAAGGCCUUGACUACUUGAGGGUCGUUCAUUCGACAUGGCGAGACUAUGGACAUCAAAUGUCUCAAAUAAGAUGUUUGUUUCUCUAUCUGGAUAGGACCUACAUGUCUACUACCAAGACAGGAUCUUUAUGGAAUAUGGCCAUGGACCUCUUCAGAACAAGGUUCAGUCUAUAUGACAUCGUAUGGCAAAAGACAUUGUCAAGUAUCUUGGAUCUGAUUCGACAAGAACGAUCGUGUCAAUCGAUUGAUGAAUCCUUUUUACAGUCCAACAUUCGCAUGUUGAUGGAUUUGGAUCUGUACCAUGCUUCUUUUGAACAGCACUUGUUGAUACAGACCAAAGCAUUUUAUAGUGAAGAAGGAGAUCAAUUGUUGACCACAUUGGAUGUCUUUGAUUAUUUACAACAUGCUUCUAUGCGUGUUCAUCAAGAAUCUAUUUUACGCGUCAAGAAUUAUUUUGAUAAAUCACUAAAGUUAUCCCUGCAGUCGAUUGUUGAACAAGAAUUACUGACUAAACGCGUCCAAGUGAUAUUAGAGAAAUGCUUUGAUUAUUUUGAGCGUCUUGAUUUGUUUCAAGAUACUGAUUAUGAUAAAUUCUCUUUAUUGUAUCGAUUAUUACAAAAAAUUGAUCAUUUAGAGAUCUGUGCCAAGUAUUUCACAGCCUAUGUGAAGAAAAAAGGAUCUUCUAUCAUGAAUGCAAAGACAAGCGUCAAAGAGAGAAUCAUGAUGUUAUCUGCAUUUGAGACGCAAACAGAUGAAAUGGUAGACCACAGUUUUGAAGGAGAUGAUCAAUUUGCAGAUGGAUUGAAGGAUGGUAUUGAAUACUUUGUCAAUUUACGUGAAAACAAUGCUAUCAAACUAUUGGCCAAAUACACAGAUAGUGUGUUCAAGAGUGCUGUGUAUGAAGAAGGAUUGCUGGAAAAGGCUAUGUUUCUGUUUCGUUACUUACAAGCCAAAGAUACGUUUGAAAUGGUCUAUAAGCGUGAUCUGGCUAAGCGAUUGCUACUCAACACAACCCAUAAGCAAGGAGAAAAGGCCAUGUUGGCUAAAAUGAAAAAGAUUUGUGGUGCUGGCUAUACGGGCAAGAUGGAAGGCAUGGUCAAAGACAUUGAGAAAUCCGCUGAACUGAUGCAUGAAUUCAAUACAGCGUAUUCCCCUCGACUGAAUAUGCAUGUCAAUCUACUGACAUAUGGUUUCUGGCCAUCCUAUGUGUCUAUUGAGGUUCAUUUACCCCCUUUAUUUAAACAAGCACAGACAAUGUAUAGUCACUUCUAUUCUACUAAAUUUCAAAAAAGAGUCUUAACAUGGCAUCAUUCACUGGGUGUAUGUGAUAUCAAAGCAUGCUAUCCAAAGGGAGAGAAGACAAUCACAGUGACAUUAGUCCAGGCUGUUGUGUUGUUGUUAUUUAAUCAGGCAACCACCUUUACAUUUAAAGAGAUACUGGUAUCUACGCAACUGGAUGAAUUGGAAUUAAGAAGAGUGUUGGUUUCUUUAGCCUGUAGAGAGCACAAAUUACUGAUCAAAUAUCCUGAAGGACAAGAGAUUGAGCCCACAGAUACAUUUGUAUGGCAUGAUGGAUUCCAAACAGACAAAUCAACAUUCUCCAUGAUCGCAGCCACCCUAAGUGAAGUAAUUGAAAAAGACGCUCAUCUAGAUACACCUGUCUUGUUUGCUAGAGAACAACAAAUGGAUGCUGUGAUUGUCCGUAUUAUGAAAUCAAAAGGAACACUCAGUCAUGGUCAAUUGUUAAAUGAAGUGACUUGUCUUGUUUCAUUCCCUGUUACUGCACAAGAGAUCAAAAAGAGAAUUGAAGUCUUGAUUGACAAAGAGUAUUUAGAGAGAAGCCUUCAUGACAGCUACAGAUAUUUGGCUUAAAAUAAUCCAUCUGGAAAUAAAUUCCCUUUUUCUUUUUC